AUGAGGGGGAGAGGAGGAGGAGGAGGAGGAGGAGGAGGAGGAGGAGGAGGAGGAGGAGGAGGAGGAGGAGGAGGAGGAGGAGGAGGAGGGGUGGGCGAGGGAGGAGGAGGAGGAGGAGGAGGAGGACGAGGAGGAGGAGAAGGGGGUGGGGAGGAGAAGGAGAAGGAGGAGGAGGAGGAGGAGGAGGAGGAGGAGGAGGAGGAGGAGGAGGAGGAGGAGGAGGAGGAGGAGGAGGAGGUGGUGGUGGUGGUGGAGGAGGAAGGGGAGUGGGAGGCUUUCUAA